AGCAGGAAGACCCUUCACCGGGAGGUUUUUGUUUUGAGUGACACCUUCCCCCGUCCUUCAGCGGAAAAAUGUACUACAAGUUCAGCGGUUUUACCCAGAAACUGACGGGAUCUGCUCCCACAGCCGCCUACAGCCCUCAGGGGCUGAGGCCAACUGUGCCAGCAGAGUCCCCAGCCAUGAUCUUUGCCACACCCACCAAGGUGGUGUCAGAGGCCGGGGCCACGGUGGAAUACCUGGGAACAAACCGGGUUCCUGACCUACAGAGGUUAUUCCAGACAUCAGACGGUAUCCCCAUUCAUUUGAAGCGUGGAGUUCCCGACAAACUACUGUACCGCACCACCAUGGCUCUCACUGUGGGAGGCGCUCUCUACUGUCUGGUGGCUCUUUACUUCGCAGCGCAGCCCAGCAACAAGUGACCAACAUGGACAGCUCUUGGAUCUUUCUGUAACACUUCCUGACAUGGGCGCUGCUGCAAUUUAACGACCCAACAUUCCCAGCUGCCAUCUGCCCUCGCCAUGCCACCUCUUGGGACUGUAAUCACUGUCGGAACAUCACGCUCAAUGAUAACAACAAUAAUGUCUUUGUAAAUCAAAUGUCUAUGUUAAUAAAUUUUAGGUAAAACACG